AAACACUUGUGUUUCGACGCCGGUGGAGACAGAGCUCGCCGGCGUCGCCUCCGUUCCAUCUUCUUCAUGGUUUCUCUUGCUCCAAGUCAAAGCUCUCGUUCUAUCAUUUAUUCUACCUUUACUCAAUCAUUUGUUCUGGAUCUUGAGAUUUCAAAACUGGAGAAGACCUUCGUGGUCUCUGCUCGGGUUUUGGAGACCACCAGACCUGCAUCUUUCACCGGGGCUUCCUGGAAAUGCGGUACAAAGACCACCUCUCCCCACCUCGACGCACGAAAGGGAGGGCUCUCUCUCUGCAACAGAUCUGCAACUCGCUCUGCUUGCACAAAUGGCGCUUCGCUUCACCUCUUUCCCUUCUCUGAGUUCAACCUUCCGCUGCGCUUCAGAUCUGAGAGGACUCCCAUGGAUUUCUCUGGAUCUGAGCUACUCUCAGAUAAAGCUCAAAUUUUAGACGUAAAGAACGCCUCUAGCCACCGUAGGUCAUCAACUUCAUGUUACAAACGGGACUCCGUAUCUCUUCUCGGUGGCUGCUCAAUCCCUAACUGUUCGAUCUUCACGGUCCCCUCUCCUCCAUCUUACGCCACCGCCCUUCAUCCCGACGACGAGGUGUGCCCUAAUUCCGCCGCACGCAGGCUGCUAUUCAAGUUCAGAUCCGAUGAACGUGAUGCUGACAUCAGCCCUUCCAUUUCCUCUAGAUGGGCCAGGCCCAUGCCAUUUACAAAAGUUUUUCAAUGAGUCUCGGUGGAUUCACCGAACCUUUGAUCCUAACUAUUGUGAACGCGACA